AUGACUGGUAGCAGCAGUCGAGUUGUCGACGACCUGGUGCUCAUUGCCGGCACGUCGUUCAGUUCUCUCGUCUCCUCUACUCCAAUGCCUUCCAUCACCAGCUUCCUUCAACUCUCUGCCCUUGUUGGCGCUGCACUUGCCCUCCCGGGCAACCUGACUCUCGUCGAGAACGACAAACGCGCCGCCGCCUGCACGGUCAACAGCGUUGCCAGCGCCGCGAACUUGGCCAGCUGCACGAGCGUCGUCAUCCAGGGCUUCACUGUCCCGGCGGGCAACACGCUCACCAUUUCCGCCGCCAAGGGCGCGACUGUGACGUUGGCCGGCGAUGUCGUUUUCGCGAAGACGACGACUCCGGGUCCUCUGUUCAUUCUGAAUACCGACGCGGUCGCCUUCAACGGUGGGGGCCACAAGAUCGAUGGAAACGGUGCAUCUUACUGGGACGGAAAGGGCAGUAACGGCGGUACCUUCAAGCCCCACCCUUUCAUCAAAGUCAAGGGCUACGGAACUUUCCAACAGUUCACUGUCUUGAACUCCCCCGCCCAAGCCAUCUCCGUCGGCACCACCGGCGGCGCGACCACUAUUUCCCACGUCACCGUCGACAACUCGUUGGGCGACACGAAGGGCGGUCACAACACCGACGCCUUCGACGUUAGCGCCAGUGACGUCACCAUCUCUUCAUGUACCGUCAUGAACCAGGACGACUGCCUCGCCCUCAACUCCGGAGACAACGUCGUGUUCGAGGACAACAGCUGCGCCAACGGCCACGGAAUCUCCAUCGGCUCGAUGGCCACCGGCAAGAGCGUCACCAACUUCAAGGCGCUGCGCAACACUGUCACCAACAGCUUGUACGGCAUCCGCAUCAAAGUUCAGGCGUCGGCGACUGGCGCCAAGGUUGCUGGUGCCCUCUACGAUGGAAACAAGCUGUCGGGCAUCACCUCGUACGGUGUCCUGAUCACCCAGAGCUACCCCGCCAACGCCGGCACGCCCGGAACCGGAGGACCGAUCUCGGGUGUCGCGUUCUCGGGUGGAAAGACCACGGUGGCCGGCACCAGCAACGCCUACGGCCUUGUGAUCGACUGUGGCGCCUGCACCGGCACCUGGGACUUCUCUGGUCUCGACAUCACCGCCGCUGGCAAGGGCCACAUCCUCACCAUGGACAAGGCCAAGGUCGCUCUCUGGCGGAGUUUACUAAAUUUUGGGCUUUGGGGAUUACAAUGUGAACUGAGACAAUACCACUUUCUUUUGUACAUCGAGACGUAUCCUGCAAUCAAUUAUAAUACCUUUUCUUCUCAUAUGUUUAGUGAACCACGGAGUGCGGCCUUACAUGGGAUUGCCUCUUCUGUUCCGUAA